AUGAGCGAUAUCAAAGAAUUGGAGGAAAACGAGGUCGGCCAGGUUGUCGAGCUUGUUGACGACCGUGCUCCAAGUGAUGACGAGAUGGACGAGGAUGUGGAUGUGUCGGAGCAAGUAGAGGAAGAGCAGAUCGUGCUUGACUUGCUGAAUAACUCUUGGACAUAUCUCGAACAUGGAGACUCGGUAUUUGUGGUGGAGCGUCAUCCCAAGUUGCCAUUGGUGGUCUCGGGGUCGGCUGACCACACCGCAAAGUUGUGGACCACUCAUAAACAGCCUCCCGUGGUCGUGACCACCAUCGAUCACAAAGAGUCGGUCAUCACCGCCAAAUUUACCGCUGACGGUAACUACGUUAUUACUGCCGAUAUGGCGGGGCUUUUGCAGGUUCAUCGGACCAAGAAUGGGGAGAAAUGGACGAAGGUUGGUGAUGUUGAGGAAGUCGAAGAGAUCCAUUGGAUUGCCACCCAUCCUUCUCAAAACUACUUUGCAUUUGGGGCCAACGAUGGGUCUGUCUGGGUUUACCAAAUCGAAGGUAAUGACUUGACCCAACUCAUGACUGGCUUUUCUCACACAUUGGACUGUAACGCAGGCGUCUUCCUUGAGGACGAGGAGACCAUUCAAUUGGUUACUGCGUCGGAUGACGCCACGGUUGUCUGCUGGAACGCCAUCACUGGCCAACCCAUCUACAAAUUGGCGCCUAUAGAUUUCAAGGGGAUCGAAUCGCCGUGGGUGGUUUUGUCAGCUCAAGGGCACAUGGUGGCUGUUGGUGGUCGUGACGGUCAACUCGCCAUUAUCAAUCAUCAAACGCAUAAGGUCGUCAACACCUUGCAGGUGAUCAAUAAUGAUGAUCACGAUCUGUUAUCGAUCGAAGCCCUUGCGUGGUGUGAACUGAUGCCGUUGUUGGCAGUAGGCGUUGUCCACGGUGACGUGUUUUUGUUUGAAACUCAACAGUGGCGUUUGCGUAAACUGUGGUCGACUGAGGCGCAUGAAGAUUACGAAAAUGCUAUCACUCAAUUGCAGUUUGAACCCAAGAGCCACGUUUUGGUUGGCUCGCUGACUAACGGCAAAGUUUACCGCUGGGACGCUCGUCUGGGCACGGAAAUGUUUGUCGGUGUUGGGCACAACAUGCCUGUGUUUGACUUUGCCAUUAUGGAUGACGGUAAGCUCAUCACCGCCGGCGACGAAGGGGUGUGCUUGGUUUUCAAUCCCCGCGAACAAGCCACGCAGAGUCAAUAA